GGCGUUUUAUGCAUCACAUGACUUUAGUCAGCUGAUUUUCGUGGACGUUUUCGCUUUAGCACAGCGGAAGCGGUGCAAUGCAACUGAUAGUCAAAACAGAAAAUAGUUAACGUAUUAAAGUUUAUUUUCGUAUUUUAGAGUUUGUGAAAACAUCCAGACAUGUUGCUCACGAAUAUUGUGACAACGGGUUUGACGCUUACAACUUUAUUUGGCCUCAUCUACUGUCACGAUUUUGAGGAGAAAACAGAUCAAGAUGCACAACCCGAAACUCCUUCACACUCUCCGUUUGUUCUAACCAAGUCGGGUAAUUCGACAAACACCACCGAGCUGACUUAUGGCUUUGUGUCGUGCAUUAUCUCCGUUGUAUUUUAUGGGAGCAACUUUGUUCCUGUGAAGAAGAUUGACACUGGUGAUGGAAUGUUUUUCCAGUGGGUUCUUUGUGCUGCUAUAUGGACCGUGUCAUUAGUGGCCAACAUCAUUCUAAACUGUCCCAAAUUUUGGCCGCUGGCGAUGCUGGGCGGUGUCAUAUGGGCAACAGGUAAUAUUACGGUUGUGCCCAUACUGAAAACCAUUGGACUCGGACUCGGAAUGCUAAUUUGGGGUUCCUUUAAUCUACUAAUGGGUUGGGCAAGUUCGAGGUUUGGUUGGUUUGGGAUGGACCCUGAGGAAGUCGCACAGCCAGUAUUGAAUUACUGUGGCGCAGGACUAUGUUUAUUAAGUGCCAUCAUAUUUUUCUUUGUGAAAAGUGAUGUCCAGAGAUCGGCAUCUUCAGAAGAGACUCCUUUACUAAUCGACAGCAGAAUCAAUUCAGAAGGUCUGGUUUCCUCUGAUGACUCGUGGAUAGACACACUAAGUCCACGAUCCAAGCGUAUCGUAGGUUCAGUCCUUGCUGCCUGUGCGGGUGUGCUGUACGGCUCCACCUUUGUGCCUGUGAUCCAUAUUAAAAACCACGCCGCCAGGAACGACUCCAGGUUCGCAGGGGCAAGUCAGUUUGACCUGGACUAUGUUUUUGCCCAGUUCAGUGGAACUUUCCUCACCAGCACUGUUUAUUUUCUUAUUUACUGCGCCGUUAUGAAAAAUAAGCCUAAAGUCUACUCAAGAGCCAUCCUGCCAGGUUUCGCCUCCGGUGUGAUGUGGGGAUUAGCCACCUGCUGCUGGUUCAUGGCGAAUACCUACCUGAGUGCAGUGGUCAGCUUCCCCAUCAUUACUGCUGGCCCUGGCCUAAUUGCUGCUAUCUGGGGAUUCCUAGUUUUCAAGGAGGUUAAAGGUUUACGAAACGCCAUCAUCCUGGUGCUGGCGUUCUGCAUCGUCCUUGCCGGAGCCAUGCUGACCGCGUUCUCCAAGGUGUAAUUAGCCACAGCAGACCUUCGGCCACAAGGUGGCGACGUUGGACAAAUAACGUGUCAAAGGGAACUAGGGACAGUGUUAAAUAACAGUGCAAUCACCUGUGUCCAAUAACCUUUUUGUAAACGUAAUGUUUAAUUAAGAUUCACUUAUUUGUGAACUGUAAAGUUAUUUAAUACACUUAGAUUUUUGCAUUUGUAGAAUUUUUCUAAUCAACUCAGGUGUUUUGUGGCAUUUUUCCUUGGUGUUUAAGGGACACUGAACUGAAAUAAGCAUGCUGUUAUUUCACACCAUACCUGCCAGAAAUCUUAUUUUUCGGUACGGUUUGCAUCAAAAGGCUAGUUAUUCGAAUGCAAGGUCUAAUAGGUGUGCUAACAGGAAAUUUUAGUAUGUAUUGUAAGUAGAGUGACUGUGGUUAACUGAUAAAUGUGCAACAUGGAUUACUGUUAUAAAUUAGGAAAUUAUGUACAUUUAGCUUUUUGAUUGAUUGGGCAGUUUUUGUAUAGAAAAAAAACUUACUUGAGUCAAUCCUUGGUAUCAGAGCGGUGCACUUUUACAGAACAAAACGAUAGAGCCAUGCGGCCACGUCCCACAGUUUAUAAGGGGUGUGUUGAUGCGAGAGUUUCGAUCUGCCGAAAGUUCUAGAGACAACAGGUGGCUAUUGACAUUUUUAUUAUUGUGUUUAGAAAAAUGUUCCUCCUCCGUAUAAAUCAGUGUGUGCAAGUAUUGCUGAAAACUGACGUGGCCGUUUCAAAGGUCCCUGCAGCCCUUCUCUGAAUAAAACAGCAUUGGUCCACAACAGGGGUGGGAAUUGAGCUGGAAAUGUCUGUGGAGGUGGAUUGUUGCUAUUGGCCCCGUUUGCCGUUUCCCUUUGCUGUCCUUAACAGUCAGGCAACUAAUUAGCCAAUGACUACUAACAGGUAGGCUAUAGCUAAUCCUGCUCAUUUAAGUUAGCCACAGUGUUAUUUUUCUUUACAGCAGAACAUUUUGUGCCUUUGCCUGUACCCACAGUUUAUUUGAACUUGUGGAUAGGCGCACGUUUUGUCCACCCACACCCAGAGAGUAGGGAAGACCUAAAGAUGUGAGCGUCCGAUCUUUGCAGUUUAAUGAUCAUACAAUGGCACCAACACUCUGAAACAGGUUUGCUAGUCUUCAUCAUUUGUUAUGCUGAUUGUUUAUGUAGUUGGAGUAAAGUAAUGUAUCUUUUUAUGUUCAGUGUAUUAUUUGUAAUAGCGAGUAGAUUUUCUGUUUCCAUUUGCAGCUCGACUCUCACCACUGGUCCACAACCAUUGUGUUUGCAGAUCACCGUAAAUAUGAAGGUUUCUCGAAGUCCACUGGAGUAAAAUUCGGCUCAUUUGCACGUACUAAGCAGCCAGAAAUCUUUCUUUGUAACAGCCAAACACUUUGUGUCUGUUUGUCACAGCCAAACUCUUUCCUUGGGUUCGUUUGUUUUUAAUUAUUUUAUUUUAUUGAAUUUUUUUUAUACAAAUAUAUUUGGAAGAUCCCUUGGGAUCCGUUUUCAGUUUGUUUACAAAAAGAUGGUGCAAUUGUGAGACGCUUAACAUGUACCAGUUUUCAUGGAUUAGUGAAGGAAAACCCUGUUAAAUGUUUUCUUUAUUGGGUGUCGGGUGUGUCUGGGUGAACGUACCAGACUGGUAUUCUCACCCCUCUCCUGUUUUCCCCCUCUGUUCCCUCCUUACUCGCGUUUACCAGGAAGCGAGGGUGUCGGCCAGUUUCGUGUGACACGAAUCCGAAAUGAGUACCUCUGAUUAUACUAUGCUAAUAAAUUCUGCAUUUACCAUUAUCAGCCUCACCAUCUUGGCCUGUGGUAAUCUGAAAUACUGAUUAGUGUGGCAUUCACUGCUCGGCCUUGUGCGAGGGAAGCGUUAUUAUUCAAGAAAGAUUAAGUAGCACAGUGCCGGAACUAACAGCCCAUUCAUCAGAACAGUAACAGAUUCUUGUAUCAACAAAGGCUUUUUCUUGGAUUUAAUUAGGUCUCUGAUUAAAUGCGAAGGUUAGUCUUGUUGUCCUGUCUACACGUAUACUUUCCGAAAGCUUUUUGUGCGGGCACGCGAGUGUGUGUGUGCGGAAGUAGCCAAGACUCCCGUCCACACAUGUGCUGCUUUCCUAUGCAAAAGGAAAUUGUGUAAAAAGAUAGCAGAGGUCUUUUGAAAAAUGAAUCUGUGCUUUCACAGAAGAUAGCUGCCGUAAUUUAUCCAAAAGCGGGUCCAGAACAGCUUUAACAGUAGUACUUAAAAGUUUUCCAUCAAAUUGAAACUUGCCAACAACUUCUCCUUGCAUUGACUUCAGGGAAAUGAAAUAUACUGCAAUAUAUAUAUAUAUAUAUAUAUUACAUUUUGGUUCUUAUAAUAACUAUAUUUCACAGAUAUUCAUUUUUACAGUGAUACGUGAAAGCUGCAGUAAUUUGCAUGUUUUCCAGCGUAUUGUGAAGUGUGGCAAUAUCUUUUUUGGUCGUGACAUUUUAUACAUUCCAUAUCCAUAAGGGAAUGAAGGAAGUUGGUCUGAGGACAGUGUUGGAAUUUUUUUAAUUGCCGGUCUGUCCAACAUUGGUGAUUCCUGGGUUAAAGUUGAUACUGUUGUGCUGCUUCUUCACGCUAGACAGAUUUCUAUCUGUGUCUUUUUCGAUAUGAACCUAGUGCUCAAGGUAAACGCUUAUUUAGAGUGAUAAUAACAGGGAAAUGCUAGCAGACAAUGUCGAAGACAAGACCCCAUCAUUCAGUGACAGCAGCAUGAUGACAGGAAAUGAAAACAUCAGAUUUAUUCUGAAAUGUCAAAAAAGUUUCAUCCAAAUGGAUGAUGAUGUGUUUGUGCAGUUCUUACAUUGAUUGACACCAGAUGUAUUGAUUGCAAACUUGCAUGGUUGUCCGCUUAAUGCAUAAUGUAAUUAUAUGCAGCAUUAGCUGUGUACAUUUGCAAGCAAAAUAAAACAUACAUAAAUAA